CAUUGUUGCUGAAAGAUCAAAACAACCGCUGAGAUGACGACCAAACCACUGCUCCUCCUGGCUGCACUGACUCUCUGCUGCUGCAUCUCCUCUCUGCAUGCUUUUUCGCAGGGGCGUUGUAUCUGCAUACGGACGAUCUCCACUCCCGUCCCUUUUAAGACCAUCAAGAAGGUUGAGAUAAUUCCUGUUUCGGGAGGCUGUCGUCGGACUGAAAUCAUAAUCACCAGGAGGAACGGCUCUAAACUGUGUGUCAACCCGAAGAAGAAGUGGGUCAUCGACCUGCUCAGCCAGCUGCAAAGUAAAAAUGAGAACUCCGCCACUACGUCAUCAACUCACUUCUGAUCACAUUUUGACGUAACAAUGGCUUCAUUUGAAGUUAUCAAGCUGUGAAUUAACUGUAGGAGGACUGAGCCGCUGUCCAGCUUUAAACCCAUUAUUCAAAUCUUAUGCUAUUCCACUUCUUUAAUUGACAGUUUUUUCUCAAAUUGAUUGUCCUUUCCGGUGUUACCCUUUUGGAAAAAUGCUAAUAAUUACACAAUACUGUCUUGGUGCUUAAGUACUGACACUUGAUAUUAAUACUCUUUAACGAUGCUAUUUCAAGUAUAUAAUGUAAUAUUGGGGGAUUAAUUAUUGCUGUAUGGAUACUCAGACUCUGAAUUAUUGUUUUAUUGUGAAAAGCCACAAAUCUGUUCUGUGAAGUAAAAUCGAAGCAAAAAGCAGAAAAGUAGAGAAUGUUUCCUGUACAUUUGACUCCAUAAUGUGAAACAAAAUGCAUUGAUUAUAUGUUUGUAAUGGUGACAUGUUUGUGUUGUAUCCAUGACUUCUCUUCUUCAUCAAUAAAAAAAAUCACAGACAAAGAAAAUCUUCGAAAAAAUGACUUGUUUAUUGCCUACAGGAGGUGGAGAGAGGCGGGGCUUCGUGUGGAGAGAUGAUACUAUAAGUGCUGUUGAGCAUGUUUGGUUUCAACACAUCAACACAGCUGUAGCCUUUGUAGAAGUCCUCCAUCCAGUCAAGAAACUCUUUCUAUACAAACAAGAGUGUUAUAAGAAGCUUCUUAGGGCCUCAAAUAACCACUGAGGCUCCAAAAAGAGUCAAAUCAAAUCACUUAUUUAAAUGAAAACCUCCUUUACCUCAAAUGUUAUUUAUAAUCCCCAAAUAGUGUCUCAUUGUUUGUUUUUAGCCUUUUCUUUUAUUGUUUUGUCCUUUUUCUUUUCCUUGUAAAGCACUUCAUAACUUUGGUUCACUUUAACAUCUCACUUCCUCGCUCACGUCUGUCAGAUUACAAAAAUCAGACAGAUAUCCCGACUUUGAGAUGAUAUUUGGGUCAAACAGCAAAAGAGACUGGGUACUACAUAUCCCAUAAUGCAACCCAAGUGUUUUUCAUUAGACGCCCCCAUGCUUUCUAUAUUCCUGCUUGUUUCAAAUCCAACACCUCCAGUUUUUCACACAGGUACUCUGUUAAAAGACUCUAACAUUAAGCUGAGAUAACUCUGAUGACAUCACUAUUGCAUAAUCAGGGUUAUUUUUUUAUUAAACUUUAGAAAUCUCCCUCACGACCCAAAGACAACGUUAACUUUAUGUUUAAAAUCAGUUCCCCUUUCAGAAAACUUAAAUAAAACAUUUAUUAUUAUAAAAGAUUUCUGAAUUCUUGAAACUUUCAACUUAUACUUCCAAAAUAUUAUUUCCUAAGAAAUAAACUAACAAAAGUAAUGUACUGUCUUUCUCUGAUUUUAAAUGUUUUGAUCUGUCAUUUAUCUAAUCUUUAAUUCAUGCAAUCUUUUCUCUUUUUGGGGAGUGAAUGGAAGAUUUAAAGUUCCCCUUCUCCUUCAUGAUUUCAGAGCACAAAACUUAAUUUCGUCGCCUACAAUCUGCAGCUUCAAUGCAAUCUGUAACCUACAUAACUAAAGGUAGAAAAGGACCCACACAAAGGAUGGAGCCGUCAGAGGGAAACCACAGUCAUCUCUGUAACCUACAUCAGACAAACUUCCCCUCGUCCUCCCAUAUGAGCAGUAGCUCGCGUCCCUGCAGUUUCACACUUGACAUUUAAUUGUCAGACGCGAUGCUCGCUUUGGCUUCCAACAAAAGCAAACGUACGUUCGUCUAAGUUCGGCAGCGCUUCACCACAAAGUCUCUCCUGCCAGCUAAACAUCCGCUGACUGCUUCCUCUUGUCUGCGGCGUGAAGGCUGGUUUGGAUUGAAAAACCAAAGUGGUGAAGAGCUGCUUUUCUGGAAUCUGAUAAGAGAAACUUAACUCCGUUGUAACAUUUAACAGCUCUUUAAAACUUGCUCUUGAGAACUAAAGUAGCACCGUGUGUUGGUGGCUGCUGGUGGCUGAAGAUCCUCGCCAGGUUUCACUUCACAUGAAUACAUCUGCUGAAGGUUUCUGAAAGGCAGCAACUUUGAAAUACCUUUUUUUAAAGGAAUGCUCCAAUGAAAUAAAGAGUUAUUGUUCCACUAUAAAAUCCUUGCAUUUCCUGUUCAUGUCACACUUGAAAUUGACAGACACCAAUUGCAAGUUUGAAGGAAACAAAGUGAAAGAAAGUUUUCUUUUAAUUGUCAAACCAACUGACGGAGGAAGACUUUUGAAAGUGUUUUCACACUGAAGUUGCUGCCUUUCUGCUUUUUGUAGCUCAAAUCUCUCAUUUUAAAAUAGCCUCAUUGCAGCAAACGAACCAGUGCAUUAACCUGAGGUCCAACAAAGAAGCUUUUGAAAACACUCAUGAUGCACCGUGCCUUAAAAAGUCUGUAUCGACUCAGUUUAAAUGUGCAUUAUCUCAUUUGUUUUAUCACACUUAUUUGGCAUUUUGUUGCAUUUUUGAAUUCCUUUUUCCACAUUGUUAUUUACAGGUUAAUGCACUGAGGAGAAAACAUUCACGCAGCAUCCUUUAAGUUCACGUUUCCCUAUUUGGAUGAAGCAACCCGACCUAGUUAGAGGCCGUCAAAUUCAUCACGUAGAAGCAGAUAAAGGACAACAAACCCUUCGUCCAAAUGCUAAAUGCUUUGUCAGAUAAUCCUCUUAUAAUGCGUCUUAUUGGCCAAGAAAGGAUAAAAACCUCAUGAAGUGGUAAAAUCAGCCCGAAUGAACAAUGGAAUAAAAAAAAAAAAAAAAGAUAUUGAACAACAGGAUUUUUUACAUUCGUGGUCGUGAUAAUCCUGUGAGAGAAACAGUAACCCUCUCUGCAGAGACAAACGGCAACAAACGAAACCAUUUGUCCUCGAUGUUACGGAUACAAAAAGAACAGAAACCAGUCUGAGGUGAGCAAUGGUUCCUCAGCUUCUAUUCCUCAGGAGCUGGUUGAGGAAGGACCGGAGGGAUGAAAGGGAUGAACGGAUGGCUGGGUGAUGAUGGCGCUGGGUUCAUCUCUGAGCGUCUUUGUCUCAUGGGCAGUGCUGCUGUUGGAGAGAUUGUACAAACUAGGCACGUUGUUUGUAGAAAAAGUAUGUAAAGGGCGCUCUACAAGGAGAAAGUAAAAAGGGAAAAUGCUCAUAAUAAUGGUAUUGAUGUGGAGAAAAAAGUGUGUGAAGAGGAAAACAAAGUAAAAAGAGAAAUAAAAGCCAUCAAGACAAACUGCUUUUUUUUUUUUUUAAACCUAGAACAUUUAUCUUUGUUUUUCCAAAAAAAUGGUAAUACUGAAUUGUACAAAGUACCAAUUGAAAGACUGCAUGUUGGUUAGAGACAGAAAAAGCCCCUCAGUUCAAAAGCAGAGAGCGGUUCUGUCUGCAGGAGGGGUAAGUGAGACCGGUGGAGGUGGUUUCAUCCACAUGAGAGAUCCGAGUGCACCGGGAAAAGAAAAGAAAAGAAUACAACACCAGGUACAUCUUCUGAUUUGUGAGAAAAAUACGCCCCGUAUUUGGAGAAUGGUACAUCCCCCUUUACAGAUGUGAAAAAGCGCCCC